AUGGCGUCGGGAACUUCCCCACCACCCGAUGCGGAGCGGCGAGCGGGGUCGUCGGAUCGGAAGCGCGAUCGGGAUCGGUCGCGAGAGAGGAGCUCGUCGCGCCCGAGGGACGACCGAGGCGCCCGAGGCGACGACCGCGACCGUCGCCGCAGCGAUUCGCACGACCGUCGCCACGAGGAGCGCGGCAGGGAUCGCGAUCGGGACAGAGACAGAGACAGGGACAGAGAUAGGGAUAGGGAGAGGGACAGGGAUAGAGAUAGAGACCGGGAGAGGGAAAGGGAUCGGGAGCGCGAGAGGGAGCGCGAGCGCGACUACAAGAGGCGGCGGAGCGCGAGUCCGCGGCGGCCCUCGCCGCGAUACGGCUCCCCGGGGAAAAGACAGAGCAUCGUAGUGCAACGCGGCGCUGCUGGUGGUGCUGCUGGUGGUACCGGUGGCGGCGACUCGUCUGCUGGAGGCAAGUCGGUUCCUCUGAGGCAUUCCCGCUGCCUUCCUCCUCCCUUGCACCUGCUCCGCUCUCCCCUCACUUCCGCACAUCUCCCUUCACUGCCGCGCAUCUCCGCUCGCUGCCCCGCAUAUCCCCUCGCUGCUGCGCAUGUGAGGAAACACAUGCGCGUUUCAUCCAUGCGCGUCUCCCGCCACACCAUGCGCGUCCGCCUCACUCAUCCCCGCCUGCCUGCCUGCCUGCCGUCAUCGUCGCCGCCUUCAGUCGCUCGCGUCCUGUCGUGCUCACCUUUUCCCACCUCGCCGCUUGCUACCCCUCCCGCCCUGCCCGCGCCACCGCAGGCACCCCUACGAUGCGCCGCGCGCCAUGCCGCCGUUCGCCCCCGACGAUCCCUAUGCUCGCCUGCCCGCCCCCCCCGGGCCCCCACCAGGUACGUGGAGGCGCGGAUCGCUACAGGCGGCCGUCAGCCUAUGACAUGCUGCCAGGUGGCGGCGGUCCCCCGCCUCCCCCCAUGUACCCGCCACACUACCCUCCCACCGACGGGCCUCCCCGCAGGUGACGUGGUGACGUGGUGGGGUGGUGGAGUGGUGGGCUGCUUCGUCCGUGCAUGUGCAUCCUCACAUGGCGCCGUGCCUCACUGCCCUCCGUGCCGUGCUGUGCUGUGCGCUUACCAUCACCGCCCACUCCCCAUUGCGUCGCUGCUCUGUGUUCUGCUCUGCCUUCCCCUCCACCGUCUCGUGCUCUCGCCACCACCUCUCCCCACUCAUCACCACACCCUCGUGUGCCCUCGUGUCUCCCCGUGUGCCCUCGUGUCUCCCCGUGUGCCCUCGUGUCUCCCCGUGUGCCCUCGUGUCUCCCCGUGUGCCCUCGUGUCUCCCCGUGUGCCCUCGUGUCUCCCCGUGUGCCCUCGUGUGUCCCCCAGGCCACCGCCAGCUGACGGGCCGCUCACCUACAAGCAGUUCAUUGCUGACCUGGACGAUGACGUGUCACCUGCUGACGCCGAGAAGAGGUACGGGGACUACAAGACCAAGUUCGUGGCGGCACAGAAGAAGGCCUUCUUCCACCACCACAGGAAUGAGGAAUGGCUACGAGCGCUCUACGACCCGGCUCGCCUAGAGAGCCUCGUUGACAGGCGCAUUGAGUUCGCACAGCUGGAGAGCAAGCAGUUUCUCGAAAGCCUGCAGCGCGGCGACGCCGACCUGUCAGUGCCUCCCCGCCUCACCGCCUCAACCCUCACCCCCUCACCGCCGCACCACCUCACCCCAUUACCGCCUCACCACUUCACGCCCUCACCGCCUCUCCCCUCUCUUGCAUGCACCCUCGCCGUCCUCUCUUGUGCAAUCGUUUUCAUGCUCUCGCACCCCUCCCAACUUGCUCCUCUCACUUCCUUCUACUCCGGCCCCUACGCGGAUCCACGUGACCCGCUAGCAGCCACGGAUGCGAGGCGGCGCAGCGCCUCCUUCCGCCCCUCCCUCACACACGACGCCGCCACCGCCGCCGCCGCCGCUCCGCGCGUCCCGGCUGCUGCAGGGCAGCCUGCACGCGUGGCGCACGACCUGGCGAGGGCGCUGGCGCUCGUGGGCAAGCUGGACGCGGAGAAGGGGCUGUGGGGCGCGCAGGGGGGCGCGGAGGGGGGGAACUUCCUGCUGGGGGAGAACCAGGCGGGCGCGGAGGACGAGGCGGUGAAGAUCCGCGUGCCCGCAGGGGAGGGUGGCGGGGAGGCGCGGUGGCUGGCGGGCGGGGCGCUGCUGGACGCGGUGUUGACGUACCUGUGGCGCGUGCACGGCGCCGACUACUAUGGGGGCACGGAGCUGCGCGGGCUGCCCAAGGGGCUGCGCCACGUGCGCGCGGAUGAGGGCGGGGAGGGCAAGGGUGAGGGCGCAGGGGGUGGAGAGGGCGCGGAGGGGUUUGAAGCUUGGGCGCGGCGGGUGGAUGAGAAGUGGAGGGUGCGUGUGGGGGCGGAGGGGGAGGACCCGGUGGUGGCGCUGGUGGGCAAGGCGCGUGUGGAGGCGCGCAUGGGGGGGGCGAUGGAGGGCAUGGUGCGGAAGAUCAAGGACGACAAGUACGGGUGGAAGUACGGGUGCAGUGCGCCCGCGUGCUCCAAGCUGUUCCACGGGCCUGAGUUCGUGAUCAAGCACCUCAAGCUCAAGCACCCCGAGCAGGUGGCGGAGCAGACCAACCGCGUCAAGGAGGAGGUGUAUGAGGAGAACUACAUGCGCGACCCCAACGCCCCUGUCAGGGGAAGGGAGGACAGGGACAGAGACAGGGAGAGGGAGAGGGAGAGGGAGAGGGGAGGGCACGGGCACUCGCCAGUGCCCAUGUCGGCCCGUCUGGGUGCGCGACUGCCUCCUCCCCCCGACCCCUUUGCCUUCCCCCCCGACCGCUUUGACCGCCCCCCGCCCUUUGACCGCCCUGCUGGUGGCCCCCCUCCGCCCAUGGGCGCUCCCCCCCCUGACGCUGGGGAGCCCUUUCCAGGGGAGAGGGGCGGGCGGUACGAGGGGGAUGUGUUUGACCGUCGCGGGGGCAGGGGGCGGGGGGGCGAGGGGGAGAGGUAUGAGAGGAGGGGGCGGGAGGAGGGGCCGGAGGGGAUGGAGAGGUUUGAAGGGGGCGGGGGAGGGGAGUUCAUGGGGCCGGGGAGAGGGGGGGGGAUUUUUUAG